AUGCAGGUUCUCCAAAACGAUAUCGAUCUGCUUAACCCACCAGCAGAGCUUGAGAAGAGGAAGCACAAGCUCAAGCGUCUUGUUCAGACCCCCAAUUCCUUCUUCAUGGAUGUGAAGUGCCAAGGCUGCUUCAACAUUACUACCGUUUUCAGUCACUCGCAGACCGUUGUGGUAUGCGGAAACUGCCAGACAGUUCUGUGCCAGCCUACAGGAGGAAAGGCUAAGCUCACCGAAGGAUGCUCUUUCAGGAAAAAGUGAGAUUGAUUUGAAGCGAUCACCAAGACCGGUUUCGUUCUUUUUUUUUUGUUUUUGGGCGUUAUGAAUUUUUGUUGUCUGUUUUAAAUGCAACUCGUUGGAGGUUAGAAUAAACCUUUGUUGAUGUUUGGAUUUUAAGCUUAUUAUUACUAUGUUUAUGUCUUGAUUUUAAAGUAGUUUGGAUUUUAAAGUAUUUUAUAACAUGAGCAUAAAAGACGGUUCCUUCGCUUGUGGUUUGCCACUGAAUCACAGUGAAGGUGCUAAUAAUGUUGAAGAAAAUUAAUCGCUUUAGCAGUGUAUCAGAUAAUCUUGAGGUUUUAUGAAACAGUAAAAGGAUGAUAGUUACUCGGUAGAAUUAUAUUUGAGUUCGC